AUGUCUGCUCACUCGACCCCGCCGCUCGCAUCAACCUCGCGCUUCUUCACGCACGACCCAUCCCACUCGGGUCAAUCGACUCCACUCUCGCUCUCAGCAUCGGCAGACGACUCAGACGCAGCAGCAGGGACUGGCACAGGCGACGGAGGCGCGGACGACGACGACCUGGACGAGGACGAGGAGGCCUGGGACGAGGUUGACAUCCCGCAGGCUGGGGCCGAGACGGGUCAGGCAGGAGAAGCAGGAGAGGAUCAGGGCGCGGCAGAAGGCGCGGAUGCAGCGACUGCAGCUGAAAGAGCAGCGAAGGGCAUCGAGAUUGUCAUUUCUCGCGGUGGACAGGCGGGCGCGAAGGGGAAGGGCAAAGGGAAAGCGAAGGGCGAGACGGCGAGGGAGCGCAUGAUCAGGCAGGAGCGACACAAGGCUCACGUCCUGAGCCUGCUCGCGAUGGCCAUGAUUCGGAACCGCUGGCUGAACGACAAGGAGCUGCAGGCCCGCAUCCUCUCCGUCGUCCCCCUCCCCCUCCUCAACGCCUUCUCACUCAUCACUCCCUCCCGUUACCCGAACCCGCGCGAUCGCUCCCGCCUCUUCGACCGCGCCCUCGCCGACCUAACUUCCUGGUGGUACGCCUCCUGGACGAUCGAUGACGAACACGAGUUGCGACGACGUGAAGUCGAAGAAGUGGAGGAAGAACUGGCGGGGUGGAAAGAGGAGGGCGAGCGGUUGAGGGCUGUUGCGAAGCGGAAGCGAGACAAGUGGGAGCAACAGCAGGCUGGCGACUCGAAGGGCAAGGGAAAAGCUCGCGACCCGCCUCUCGACCCUUCACAGAUCCCUCUCUAUCCUUGGGCCGAACAACCCCUUCUCACAGCUCCCCAGCGGAACCGAGCGCUUGACCUCUCCGCCACGACUUCGAAGCUCCCACUCCACCCGUCUCCUGCACCGGGAACCGGUCCGCCCGUCCUCAUCCGGCCCUACACCCCCGCUUCAUCGACUUGGGAAGUCCUUCGCCCUCCCGCUCCCUCCAGCUCCUCAACCUCGAGAGGCCCGCUCGCCUCGCUCUACUCGGCAGCGCACAACAUGCGCGGAAGCCGGGACCUCUCGUCCCAGCUGUUCGUCGCGCUAUUGAGGGCGAUUGACGUCCCUGCGAGGCUGGUCGUCAGCUUGCAGGCUGUCGAGUGGAGGAGUAAGGCGCAGAGCGGGGGUGGGUCAAGGGCGAAGGCGAAGGGGAAGAAGGGUGCAGCGAUGGCGACGAAGGGGAAGGCGAAGGGCUCGAAGGGUAAGGUUAUGGGAAAGGGCAAGAAGAAGGUCGAGGACGACGAAUUCGGUUUCGAGGACGACUCGGAUUCCGAGGACCUCGUCGUUGAGCGUAACCCUCGACCUCAGCCAACAAAGUCCAAGGCGAAGACGUCGACCUCCACGGCUCGCAAGAAACCUCCCGGCUCAGCAUCCGCCUCCGUUUCCGCCUCAGCGUCGUCCUCCCGCGCCGCCUCUGCCGAAAUCCUCGUCCUCUCGUCAACAGCCUCUUCCGCCUCCGACACCGACGGUUUCGUCGACGGCCACGGAAAAUUGAACUACAAAGUCCCGAAGAUCAAGCUGCGGGGUUCGGGAGGUGCGAAGGGGAAGAACGGACACAGAGUGGCGGGGUGGAAGAAAGAGGCUGAGUUGACGAGGGCACCGAGUCCAGAUGCAGCCGAACUUAACAAUCCGCCGACUCAAUGGGCCGAAGCUUACACGCGCUACAACAAGGAGUGGAUCACCGUCGACCCCGUUCGCAAGCGCAUGAGGUGCAAGCAGAUCAUGGAGCCGGUGCAGAGGAGCGCGAAGGGCGGAGGGGAGGGGAACGUGUUGGCGUAUGUCGUCGCGCUCGAGGAAGACGGGUCCGUCCGCGACGUCACACCUCGCUACGCCCGCGCCUUUACGAACGUUACGCUCAAGUUGCGGGUACCAACAAGCUCGAAGGCGAGGAAGGAGAAUGACGGCGACGAUUGGUUCGCGGGGAUCAUCAGGCCAUUCAAAAGAGGCUUUGAGCUGAAUCGCGACCGAGAGGAAGAGGAGGAGCUGUGGCACCGUCAGACGAAUGCGCCGUUCCCGACGUCUCUCGGCGGCUUCAAGAACCAUCCCAACUACGUUCUCGAGCAACACCUUCACCGAGACGAAGCGCUCCUCCCCUCCGCCCGAUCUGUCGGCCUCUUCAAGGGCGACACUCCCGUCUUCCGCCGCUCAGACGUCGUCACCGUCAAGUCGCAAGAGAACUGGUAUCGCGUCGGCAGGGUGAUCAAGUCCGCCGAGAUCCCGAUGAAGUUUGUCAAGCAGCGGGCGGUGACGAUCAACAGGCGGAGGGAGGAGGAGUUGGCCAAGAUGGAUGGAGGAACGGUCGACGAGCAGCCGCUCUACGCGGAGAGUCAGACGGACGUCUACGUUCCGCCGCCGGUAAAGGAUGGCAAAGUGCCGAAGAACAACUUCGGCAACAUCGACCUCUUCACGCCGUCCAUGCUGCCCGAAGGGGCCGCCCACCUCCCGAGCAAGGUUGCGGCGAAGUGCGCCAAGGAACUCGGAAUCGACUUUGCCGAAGCUAUCACCGGCUUCGAGUUCCGUCAGCGCCGCGCAAUCCCGGUCAUGACAGGCAUCGUCGUCGCAGCCGAGAACGCCGAGACGCUGCAAGAGGCGAUCAUCACGCUCGAGCAGUCGACGCUUGAGCGUGAACUCGCGAAGCAGCAAGACCGCGUCCUCAAGCGAUGGAAGAAGCUCAUCCAGGGUCUGCGAAUCAGGCAGCGUUUGCUCGAUCAGUUCAAGGACCCCGAGGAGGUCACGGACGAGGUUCUUGCGAGGGAGUUGAACGGCAAGAAGGAUCAGAAGGGCAAGGGGAAGGCGAAAGCGGAGCCGGCGACGCCUGCGCGGGAGCCCGCCGAUGCGGCCGCGACUCCUGCUCCUUCGCUCAAAAUCCGCCUGAACGGCUCCGCCGCUUCUUCCCCCGCCACCGCCAACGGCAGCCAGAAGCGCCACUCUCGCUCUUCCCCUUCGCCCACCUCGCUCUCUCCAUCCGACGAAUCCGCGCCGCCUCCUCGGAAACGACUCGCUUCCUCGGCCAGUACCAGCGUCGAUGCGGGCGCGCUCAGCGGGACGUCGACCUCCGAUCGCACUUUGCGAGUGCGCUUACCGAAGAAGGAGGUGGUGGAGGAGGAGCCGAGCGAUGAGGGAGGGAGGAGAAGGUCGACGAGGGCGAGCGCGCAGAAGGCGAAGGGCAAGCUUGCGGUCAAGGAUGAGGAGGACGAGGACGAGGGGGUAGCAGACGAGCAUGGCGGAGCAGACGAGCCGGCCGAGGAAGCGUCCGACGAAGGCUUUGAGUUCGACGAGGACUUCUAG